GCGGCGCGCAUGGAGGCGGCGGCGGCCCCGGCCCCGGGCGGCGGCCCCGGUACCCUGCUGCUCUGCCUGGCCUUCGCCUCCGGCUUGGCGUUCUUCAGCUGCGUGGGCGCCGACACCAACGUCACGGCCGGCCACGGCACCGAGGGGCUCAGCUGCGGCGCGGCCAAGGGAUGCGCAGGGAACGGGACGCAGCUGCGGCGGCAGAGCCACUUCUCCCGGUGCCCGGAGGAGUACCAGCACUACUGUGUCAAAGGGAGGUGCCGCUUCCUCGUGGCCGAGCAGGCGCCGGCUUGUGUGUGCGAGCGGGGCUACACCGGGGCUCGCUGCGAGAGGGUGGAUCUGUUCUACCUGCGAGGGGACCAGGGCCAGAUCGUCAUCAUCUCCCUGAUCGUCGCCAUCGCCGCCCUCAUCAUCCUCGUCGUCGGCAUCUGCCUCUGCAGCCACCACUGUCGGAGGCAGCGUAGGAAGAGAAAGGCAGAAGAGAUGGAAACGCUAAACAAGGAUGGACCUUCCAGAAGUGAAGAUGUGCGGGAAACGGGCAUCGCGUGAAGGAGCUCCCGGUACCUGCGGGCGGGUCCCGGACGGCAGCAGCGGCUGGCUCCAUGGGCGAGGGCUAAAACGUGCAGCGGCUUGAAUAAAGGGGUGACGGAAAGGUG